AUGUUGGACCCCUUCCACCCCAAGCUGUGGCAAAUUGCCGACCCUCUUAUCUACAACGUUCGCGGUCCCUCACAUGAGCCAGCAACUAACACCUUCGCGAAACAUAACAAUCCUCACAAUGCAACCCCGCCCUUCUUUCAAGUCUUCCAGCCAGCCUUCCUAGCGAAUGUACUAUCACCACAAGCUACGAUCAUACGCAUCGCCUACGACCCCGAUUUUGCUUUCGCUCACGAGUCGCCGAUCUGGAUUCGAGAAUCAGACGAGCUCUGGUUCUCCAGCAACGACGGAGGUGCAUUGGGUCGGAGCGACUGGGACAACAACAAUGUCAUCGGGAAGAUCAGCCUGCGAGAGGUCGACGCUGCGAUUGAGGCGCUUCGCGGAGAGAAUGGUGCUGUCAACGUUCCAGUCACCUUCGUAGACUUCCCGGAUACAAUUCAGAUGACAAACGGCGGCACGAACUACAAGGACGACCUCCUGUUCAUCACCUCCGGCCGUGCCUACCUCCCGCCGUCAAUGGUCCGCGCGAACCCCCGCCCUCCCUACAACACGAUUGUCCUCCUCGACAACUUCCACGGCCGCCAAUUCAACAGUCUGAACGACAUCAAAGUUCACCCAACGACCGGCGCCAUCUUUUUCACCGAUUCGACGUACGGAUGGUUGAACCACUUCCGCCCGGAGCCGCUGUUGCCGAACAUGGUGUAUCGGCUUGACCCUCAUACCGGCGAUGUGCGCGCCGUCGCAGAUGGCUUCGUUCGGUGUAACGGGCUCGCAUUCUCCGGGGACGGCAAGACGGCAUACGUGAGCGACACGGGCGCAGCAGGCGGCUUCUUGGGCAGGAAUCAUACACGGCCAUCUACCAUUCACGCUUACGACGUAGAUCCACAUACGAGCGCAUGGACGAACCGCCGUCUCUUCGCCUAUGCCGAUGCUGGCGUACCCGACGGCAUCCAGGUCGACAAGCUCGGCAACGUAUACUCUGCCUGCGCUGACGGCGUACACGUCUGGGAUUCGCAUGGCUCGCUCAUCGGCAAGUUCUUUCUCGGCACGAGCAGUGCCAACAUGGCCUUCGUCGGAGAGGGCAAGUUAGCCAUCCUGGCAGAGACCGCUGUGUACCUUGUGCAGGGCCUAAGGGCAGAAGGCUUGGAGUUGGACACGUACUGA